UUCUUCUUUUGACUCCUACCUUACUAUUUAUAGCGAUUUUUGUUUUUUUUGCACAAUUUUCCCCCUUCAUGCUGCAAUUUCAUUUUUGUUUUUUCUUCUCAUUUUUUAAAGGUUUAAUCUGAUUAACACUUUCAAAACUCAAUAAACCCUAAUUUUGGAAGAUCUUAGAGGAGUUUGUUCACCGAUCUACCAGGUCAAAGGAGAAAUUAAGAACCCUAAUUAAUAUGGGGAGAGGAAAGAUUGCGAUUCGGAGGAUCGACAAUUCCACUAGCCGGCAAGUAACUUUCUCCAAGAGAAGGAAUGGAUUGCUGAAGAAAGCUAAAGAAUUGUCCAUUCUUUGUGAUGCUGAAGUUGGAUUGAUUGUGUUCUCCAGCACUGGGAAGCUUUAUGAGUAUGCUAGCACUAGCAUGAAAUCUGUUAUUGAGCGCUAUAACAAGCUAAAAGAGGAGCAUAAUCAGCUAAUGAAUCCAGCUUCGGAACUCAAGUUUUGGCAGACAGAAGCAGCAAGCUUGAGACAACAACUACAAUACUUGCAAGAAUGUCACAGGCAAUUAAUGGGUGAAGGACUUUCUGGUUUGGGUGUUAAAGAACUACAAAAUCUGGAAAACCAACUGGAGAUGAGUUUAAAGGGUGUUCGCAUGAAAAAGGACCAAAUUUUGACUGAUGAGAUUAAGGAGUUACACCAAAAGGGAAAUCUCAUUCAUCAAGAAAAUGCGGAACUCUAUAAAAAGAUGGAGCUUAUCCAAAAAGAAAACGCAGAGCUACAAAAGAAGGUUUAUGAAGCAAGGAGUACCAAUGAAAAAGAUGCAGCAUCCAGUCCUUCCUGCACUAUCAGAAAUGGAUAUGAUUUACAGGCUAUCAGUCUCCAGCUAAGCCAGCCACAGCCUCAAUUCAGUGAACCACCAGCCAAAGCAGUGAAACUGGGAUUACAGCUGCAAUAGCAAAAACUGUUCAGUAAUCAGCCAUUGUUGUAAUUUCUGACAAGCUGUCAACAACUUGUCCAUAUGUAUGAUCAUGCUUCUAAGAAUGGUAUCUUGUAGUUCAACAACCACAAUUGUUCCAUUCAACAGUACAAUGCAUAUAUAUGGUAUGAGAUUAUCUAUCAAGACGUUUGCAAUUGUUGUUAAGAAUCAGACAUGAUGAGUACCUGUGUAAAUUUUAUGCAAUAAACAUAUCGACAAUUAUGCA